AUGAUUUCUCUUACCUUCUUUUUAGCUACGAUUGUGUUCCUCGUUUUCGUUCUUCAACUUUUCUCAUACUUCAAAAGAAACAAAAAAUCUCAUCCUAAUUUACUACCUUACCCUCCAAGUCCACCAGCAAUACCAAUAUUUGGCCAUCUUCAUCUCCUCAAACCACUCAUUCACCAUGCCUUCCGCGACCUCUCCGAUCGAUAUGGCCCUCUUAUAUCCCUUCGACUUGGCUCCGCUCGAUUCAUCGUUGUUAACACUCCAUCACUCGCCAAAGAGUUUCUCAAAAAUAAUGAGCUAACUUUCUCGCAUCGUAAAAUGAACAUAGCCAUCAACAUGAUUGCUUAUGAUGAUGCAACUUUUGCUUUCGCCCCUUAUGGAGAAUAUUGGAAAUUCAUUAAAAAGCUCAGCACUACUGAGCUUUUAGGUGCCCGAACAAUAGGACAAUUCCUACCAAUCCGAACCCGGGAACUCCAACAACUCAUUCAAACAUUGGCGAAAAAAUCUAAGGCUGAAGAAAGUGUGAACCUUUCCCAAGCUUUGUUGAAGCUUUCUAACAACAUAAUAUCAAAGAUGAUGCUGAGCAUUGAGGCCUCAGGGACAGACAACCAAGCAGAAGAAACUAGGGCUUUAGUUCGCGAGGUAACAGAAAUAUUCGGCGAGUUUAAUGUUUCGGAUUUUAUAGGAAUUUUCAAGAACUUCGACUUGAAAAGUUUAAAAAAAAGAGCCUUGAACAUACACAAGAGGUAUGAUGCUUUGUUGGAGAAGAUUAUUUCUGAUCGCGAGAAUUCGAGAAGAAUAGCCAAGUUAGAAGGUGGUUAUGAGGAUGAAGAGAAAGUGAAAGAUUUUCUAGACAUUUUGCUUGAUGUCUCUGACGAGAAAGACUACGAAGUAAAUUUUACUAGAAACCAUAUCAAAUCAUUGAUCUUGGAUUACUUUACAGCGGCUACUGAUACUACUGCCUUAUCAUUAGAAUGGACAGUAUCAGAACUGUUUAACAAUCCAAAGGUGUUGAAAAAAGCUCAAGAAGAAGUUGAGAGAGUAACAAGAAAUGAAAGACUAGUGUGUGAAGCAGAUAGUUCAAACCUUCCUUAUAUACAUGCAAUCAUAAAAGAAACAAUGAGGCUUCACCCUCCUAUACCGAUGUUAAUGAGGAAAGGAUCAAAAGAUUGUGUUGUUGAUGGAAAAAUGAUUCCAAAAGGAUCAUUGGUUUGCAUGAACAUUUGGGCUAUGGGAAGAGACGAAAAGAUAUGGGAAAAUCCAUUAGAGUUUAGGCCAGAGAGAUUCAUAGAAAGUGAUAUAGAUGUGAAAGGACAUCACUUUGAGUUGUUGCCAUUUGGUUCUGGAAGGAGGGCUUGCCCUGGUAUGCCUUUGGCCAUGCGUGAAUUGCCAACUUUUAUUGGAGCUUUGGUGCAAUGCUUUGAGUGGAAGAUGUUUGAUUCUGAUAGUAAAAUCUUAGGUUAUGGAAAAAAGAUUGAUAUGGAUGAACGGCCAGGAUUGACUGCUCCUAGGGCUAAUGAUCUUAUUUGUAUUCCAGUUGCAAGGUUCAAUCUUGAUCCUUUGCUUCAACUUUAG